AUGAUCGACCCGGCGUCCGACGCUUUUCUACCUCCGCCGACCCGUCGGCCUUACCGCUCCCCCGGAAGCCUCCCGCUGCUGCACUCGAGUUCCGCCCACACUAGGUUCUCCUCGCUGGGGAAGGGGUCCUUGUGGGUCUGUAGCCCAGGAAUCGGGCUAGGGGGAAGGAGAAGGGAUCAGGAGCGGGAGCUGAGCGGGGGGAGAGGCCGGUCCAGGUCUGGCAGCCGCCUCUGCUCGCCGGAGGUCUCCAGGCGGGGCUGCGGCUCAGUCCUCGGCUCCGGGGCACCGUCUGCGAGGCUCCGCCGGGCCAGCGUGGGAGAGCCGCGGGCGGCAGCUGCUGCCNAGGACGAGCGUGCCCGGGAGAUCCUGAGGGGCUUCAAACUAAAUUGGAUGAACCUCCGGGAUGCUGAGACAGGGAAGAUACUCUGGCAAGGAACAGAAGACCUGUCAGUCCCUGGAGUGGAGCAUGAAGCCCGUGUUCCGAAGAAAAUUCUCAAGUGCAAGGCAGUGUCUCGAGAAUUGAACUUCUCUUCAGCAGAACAAAUGGAAAAAUUCCGCCUGGAACAAAAAGUUUACUUCAAAGGGCAAUGCCUAGAAGAAUGGUCCUUCGAGUUUGGCUUUGUGAUCCCGAACUCCACAAACACCUGGCAGUCCCUGAUAGAGGCAGCGCCCGAGUCCCAGAUGAUGACCGCCAGCGUGCUAACUGGGAAUGUUAUCAUAGAGACAAAGUUUUUUGACGACGAUCUUCUCGUAAGCACAUCCAGAGUGAGACUUUUCUACGUUUGAGAGAAGAAUGUAUUGCAUUUUAAGAAUUUGGAUUUUGGGGGGAACAGAGGAAACUGUUUACUUUUUUCCUCCACACAUUUGAUUUUUGACACUUCCACCCCUAAUUCCCUCUACAACAAAACCCACCUGCGGCCACAAAGGGACCAGCUCUGCACUCAAGCUGCCAUCUUCCACUGACCAGGCUAACCCCCACCUCAGACCAGGGCAGAGGGCAUGCCUCUCCUCUUUCCCAGGGUUCUUUCCCAGGGUAAACAUGGGACAAACACACACCAGGAGUCAGUGCAGGAGCCAAUGCUGUUCCUGUCAUCCUCCCUGCCUCCUCCUUGGGUCCUACAGGGCACGCAUCUUCUUUUGGCCCCUGGCUUUGGAAAAAUUCAUGUUCUUGACCCAUAUUUAGUCUUUUCCUACCUUUUCUAUUUCAUACAUUCUCAUACAUUUAACUUGUAAAAUAGACUGUGAUAUUAUUAUGUAAUGAAUUGAAAUAUGAAUUAAAAUAUUCCUACAGUCUUUAACAUGG